AUGAGCAAAAAUUAGCUUAUACAAAUAAAAUUAGAUAAAAAGGGAGGCAUAGGAAGCAAGUUAGUAUCAGCUGAUACUAGCAAGGUGGAUAUUAAAUAGUAAUCAAAACUAGAGGAUAGUAAGUUUGAAGAAUACGAAAGAGAGCUUGAAAAGUUCUCGAAAAUGAGAAUCAAGGAUCAAAAAGAUAAAUUAAAUCAAAGCACAAAAACAGAAUUAGGAAAGCCUACAGUAAACACGAGUAUGAGACAACCUGCUGUCACUCUAUAAUCUUUUAUGGAGGAUCUACCUGAGGAAGAGGAAUAUAAAGUUAAAUAGUCAGAAAAAUCACUAUUUGAAGAGGGUUCUGGCCUUCAUUUAUCUUAAGCUAACUACUAUAUAGAUGAAAUGGAUGAUUAGGCUAGAAGAGAAUAUUAAAAACGAGAUAAAUUGAUGAAGACAAAAGAGGAAAAAGCUAGAUAGCAAAACUAAUAAUAAGUGUCAUAGUAAAAUUAACAAAAAAAGGAGGAAGAAGCAAUAAAAGUUAAUGAAUAAUCAAAGAUUUCUGGAGUAAACAUAAAAAAACAGGAAUCAGAUAAUUAAAAGCAGCCUAAAAAUGAAAAGAAAUCCAAAGGAUAAAGAAAUAAAGCUAAAGGUGAAGUUAGAGUUGAUAAUGAGAAUAAAAAUCCAAACUAAUAGAGAAAGAAAAAUGAGGAAAAAUAAGGUAAAAAGCAAGGAGAAGAUGAAUCGGAUGAUUCCUCAUCUGAUUUCUAAAAAAAUGAUAAUGGAUUUGACAGUGAGAGUGAAAGUGAUAAUAGCAAUGACUCAGAUAGUAGUGAACAGUCUAGGGGAAGAUAAAAUUCAAGACGACGAAGAAAGGAUCGAGAUAUAAAUCGUAAUUUUAGUCCUGCUAAGUUAGUUGAUGAGGAUUUAUACAAUAUAGAGGAUAUGAUAGAAAAUAGUAUUAAAAAUUUAGAGAGCGUGUACAAACCUAAGAUAUUCAGGCAUACUGCGCUGAAAAACUUCCUUGCAAAAGCUCUGGCUGAAAUGAAUCCAGAUUUGAGUUUAUAAGGAACAACCAUCGAGUACUUUAGUGAGUUAUUCGUCAGAUACAUAUUUGAGAAAGCUUCCUUUGAAUACUGGAAAGUUAAGAAUAACUAAGUUGACUACUAAGGAUGGCCAGACCCUUUAAAGAUGGAUGUAAUGUUUGAAAAUAUCUGGAACUCAAAUUAUGAACAUCAAUUGAGUUUUCUAUACAAAUGA